GUCCCUCCAAGUUUCUGGGAUUACAUGUGGGAGCCACCACAACUGGCAGAGAGCAAGUGAUUUUUAAAAUUCCGUCAAACCGUGGAAUAAGAGAAUGUAAACACAGGACAACAGCAGGAAAAUGACAGAGUUGACAUUUCUUUUUUUAAAAUGAGCUCCUUAUCAGCCUCAUCAGUGGGUUAAAAAACAGCAACUAUAUAGUCGUAUCUAGUAGGAAGCCAGCCAAAAAAAUGGAAACUAUUUUAACAAGUUGGAACUUAAGUUGAUAUCUAUGAUUGUUAAUGAUUUACCUUGUCCUAAAUGGAUGCUGUACCCUGAGAUGUUAGCUAAUAUCAUUGUGUUGGCUAAAACACUAAAAAUUGUGUUCAUGUUAUCUUUAUAUCAUUCCUUAUGUCUAUUUGUAUAUUUUAUGAUAUAUGUAAUAUAUCCAUGCCUUAUAGUUACAUAUAUAUCAGGGCAAUAUAUUAGAAAUUUUUUUUGUAUUGAUAAAGAUUCUUAAUUGAAAACAUUUGGAGAUUGUUUCUGUUCUGGAGAACUACCAGUAAAGGCAUCUAGUAAUUCUUCAUGGGUAUGUUGGGGUCUAGAUGAAGAGAAGAAGGAAAAGAUGAGGACACAGGAAGGAAGUGAAACAGAGAGGGUGUUUGUGUGCAAAUUAGAUAACAACCCUCCCUAGUCGAUUCAGUUCCAAGGGCACAUAGUUUCUCGAGUGGCCUGUGCCUUUGUGCAGGUUAUGAAAAGUCUCCCCUUUCUCCUGGCAUAGCAGCCUUGUACUAGGAAACAUGGUUUGGCAAAUGGGUUGUGGGAUGGAAUUCAGCACCCCUUCAGCCCUUCAUCCUUCUGCAGGUAUAGCCUACACAAGUAAGUAUAUAUAACAGCCCUGGUGGUGAAGUACUGAAAAAAAAAAAAGCGUGAAGGACAGGCAUUAAUGGAUGUUGUGAGCAGCAACAGCUAGUCCCCACUCUUUUAUUUAUUUAUUCGUUUGCCAGAGUAUUUAUAGAACACCUGCUGUGUGCCAGCCAUCUUCAACAGCAAAGAGUUGGCAAUAAGAGUUUAGCCCAGCAGCGAAACCUGACCUUGUAUCUUUUUUGUCAAUCGGGUUUUAUUGGAGCAUAGCUGUAUACCUUUGUUUAUGUAUCUUCUGUGGCUGCUUCUUAGCUGUAAUGGCAUAGUCGAAUAGUUAUGACAGAGACUGUAUGGCCUGCAAAACCUAAAGUAUUUACUUUUUUGCCCUUUACUGGAAAAAGGCAUGGACCUCUAUUCUAGAAGACUAAUCAGGACUUGCUUCUGGUGCCACUGCAUGGUAACUGAGCCAUGGGCUGUUUGGCUUCUAUCUCAUGUGCCUGCUUGCAAGAAAAUACUUCCAUCAGGGCCAAGUGAAGGUGCAGUAGAGCAAGCGCAGAGCAACACAACUGGGCACAUUUACUUCUUAUGUCUCUACUUACACUAUGUAGUGUAAGGAGGAGACAAAGGGCUAGGAGUCCAGAGACUGACAGUGUGUGACCUUCUCUCUGGGCCUGCUUCAGAUAGUCACUCUGCAACUACAAGAUGGCAGUAGAUUAACGAUUCUCCUACUUUUUCCGGCACCAAAAUCAUGUAGAAGGCUUGUUGAACCUACUGUUGGGCUCCACUUACAAGGUGUCUGAGUUGGUAGACCUGGGGAAGGCCUGAGAAAGUACAUUUUUAACGAGUCCUCAGAUAAUGCAGGUAGGCAGUAUGACUGGAUUGUUUUUGUGGUUGCUUGCCUCUUUUUGGCAUUGGAAAGAGGAAAGCCAGAGUAUUCCUUGAGGAAUGACAUUUGGCGAGGACCAAAUUCUAGUUGCUUCUGUGAUAUAUACACCGGAGCUAUUUUGUACUAGACUGUAAAUUCUCACAUUUCACCUGUGCAAAAGGAAAUACUUUCUGGUCUCCUGUUAGUAAUCAGCUGUCCCAAAUUUUGCCUGUUGCCUCUAGAAAUUCUGGACCCUCAAGUGAUCGGUCUUUUACGGCAGUGUGGAAGAACAGCACCUAUUGAUUUUUCAUGGUCUCUACCCUGUCCUUUCUAUUAUGAUUGCUAUUCUCUACCUUUCUGUUUUUCAGAACCCUUGUAUUAUUCCUGUUGUCUUUUUUCUAAAUGUUUUCUUGGUUACAAUAAAGUGCUAAUAUUUAAAGAGCUUUUGGGAGCCUGUUGGUGCCAGAAACUAUGCAAGUUACUUAAUGAAUAGUCGCAUUCAGUUCUCUCAAAAAUAUUUGGGGAAGUUUCAUUUUUCUCACUUUACAAAUGAGUAGAAAUUACAAAUUUGGAGUCAGAGAAGCUAAGUAAUGUGUGAUCUGGACAAUUUCAGUAUCUAUGUAGAUGAACAUCAAAAACCAAGCUUCCUAGGUCUUUGGCCUCCUCCCCAUUAUCCCUCACCUCCACUUGCCAAGUAUCCAUUCACAUUGUUGGAUCUUGGACUCCCUUACUAGGAUUCACCCAGGAUUUUUCUUUCUUGGAUCAUGAUCUUCUAUAUCAUCCUGUCACUGCAACUCAGUAGUCUGUGUCUUGGAAAAGCUUUAUAUCUCUCAUCCCCUUUCUCUGCCAACAGAAAUACCUUUCUAAACUAUUCCUCUAUCUUAAACCUCUUUUAAAAUCUGCAUACUUUAUACUAAAUUGUAUUGAUUAUGCUGCUGGUUCCCUAGUACAUAGUAAGCUUUGGAAAAAUUGUUUUAUCUUACUGAUUCUUUCUGUAGAAUCCUGUACUGUGUCUGGUAUAUAGAAGGCACUCCAUGAAUAAUGGUUUAACUGAGCUAGAGAAUAUAUGACUAGGGUCUAAAUCUGAGCCUGUCUUGCUUCACAGUGUGGCUGCUAUAGUCAGGCCUCCCAUAGCCCAUGGUCUAUUUCUUUCUAAUCUGUCUGGAUGAAGAAGGAAUUGUUCAGCAGGUGAUAUCAUUUGUGGAUGCUUUGUCUAUUUCUUCAUAUCCAGCAUGCUAUUAGUGAUUUUUCAUUUUGUCAGACUGCAUUUUCUCUUUUCAACUAGAGUUCAAAAUUUUGUCAGACUGCAUUUUCUCUUUUCAACUAGAGUUCAAACAAAAUAAUUUUAGAUAACAUCCUAAGGACAUUUGGAAACAUGACAUUUCAGGUCUAUUUUCCCCCUUGGCUUUAAAAAAGUAUACACAGCUAUAAUUACUAAUUGCUGCACUCUAAGUAGAGACAGAUGAUACAUAUGUUUGUGACAAUUUUCCAGAGGGAGAGCUAAGUAACCAGGCUCAUUUUUCCAUAAUGUGAAUGUUAUUCACAAACUAUUACCAUAAUUGAUGCACCAAACCACUGUAGAGUAAAUAAUGUGUUGUGUGUGGGAAGCAAGCUAGUAGUCAAUGAAUAUUAAAGAACAAAACCUCAUUUUAAAAGAGAAACUGUAAUUAUAAUCAUUCUGAAUUCAUACUGCACAACCAGUUAAAAUAACUUGGCUACCAUUUAUCUGUGUAAUUCUGUGUAUGAAGAGGGUAGGUAUAUGAUUUUUUAUAUAGAAAUAAGUAUUUACACGCACAUUUUUAUGAAAAGACACAGUAUCAAACUUCAGAAUCAGUCAUUUUCCAAAAGCAAUUGUUGCAGAGAUGAACAUGCAGAGUUAAUCAGUGAAAUAUAUAUUGAUGGGAAAGAUCACCAUUUCCGUUAUCUUUUGCUUUUUAGGUGUUUUAUGUCUACCUGGAAUGUCUUGUCCCUUUCCAUGGACCUAAUCAGCUUCUGUAUUUUCUUCAAAGCUUCCUUUUCAUUAGAAGUUCUUCUUGUCCACCUUUAAUUCUUCUUAUUGCUUUCUAGAUGCUCAUCAACUUCAAUUUCUGUGUGUGGUAUAUUGAUUUGCACUUUUGGGAUUUGUUGUUUUAUAAUAGGAGUUCUUAAGUCAUUUCUUAUAUGUACCAUUAGUCUUCUCAACCAGACUGCCUAGGAUUUCAGUCUCAGAUCUGUGUGUGUGUGCGCGUGUGUGUUGGGGGUGUGUGUAUGUGUGUUGUUUAUAUCGUUCCUUCUGGUAUACUUUGUGGAGAAUAGUUUACCGUCCAUGUGUUCACUAACUCUUCAGUAUGUAUUGUUGGUUACCUGUUUUUGUGCAUCAGAUACCGCAUUAUUUUUGUAAAAUUGUUAUGUUUUGUGUUGGGCUACCAGGGUCUCUACAGAGUCUUGAAUGUAACUGGCAAGGAUCAGCUCUGUUGGUGUAGAGAUUUUGAUGGAACAAUCAGCAAUCUGUAGUAUCGUUUAUGUAAAAUGUAUAACUCCCUCUACCUCUGACAAGUUCUGAAGUUUAAAGUGCUGCCCUAUCUCUUGAAUAUGAGUGAUUUGGGUGUAUACAUUUUACAGAUAGACAAGGUGAUUAUGACAGAGCUUACUUUUAUAUUUUAAAAUAGAUCAUAAUAUACCUAUUCUUAGGAACCUUUUAGGAAAAUGUCUUCAACAUUGAUCCUGUUGUUAGUUGUAAUCUUAGUAUAUUUUUAUAAUUUCCUUUGAAUAUGUAACUGUUCCUUUCACACUAUGGGCGUCUGUUUUCUUCUCUUUUUAUAGCAAUGAAAAUAUGGACAGAUUCCAGAGUGAGUUCUUAGCUCAAAAUUCUCUGCCCUGAUAUCAGGCCAAUUUAGUCAGUUAGUUCUUACAAGUGGACAUAUUUCUAUAAUAGAAAAAUGAUGAAAUUUUUUUAACAUAUUGCUUACAGAGAUAGAGCCCACAUUAUAAGGCUAUGUAACUCCUCCUCUCAAAAGAUUAUUGAUUUUAGCAUGUUUUCCUCCCUUUAACUUAAUCUUAAGCAGGUGAACCUUUCUGAGUGCUUUUUGGAAAGUUCUGAGGAAAACAAAAUAACAAAACUCAUACAACCUCAAGGAAUUCUAAGUAUCAAGGAGCACCUCUGGAAGGUGAUUGGUUCAAGCAUUGAGCACUAUUUGCUAUCCUUCAACAAAUCGCAGGACAUAAUUCAUCUAUCCAACUCUGUCAUAGCUUGUUUCUGCUUGCCCUGAUGGUAAGUAUGACAAGGGAGAAACGUUAUCCAGAAGUGGGCACUGUAGCAGGGAGAAGGAGCCCUGAAGUUGACCCUUAUAGAGGUGGUUCUCAUCCUCAACUCUUCCUACAAGAUGGCUUCGUGUCCCUUGAGAUCAUUAUCCCACCUUCAGAAUCCUGGAUCGGCCUCUUGCCUUUCUAGAGUCCCUUAAGGACUCUAGAAACCACUAAGCUUGGAGCUGAUGCCAUUUAAUUCUGUUCUUGGCAGUGGGCCCUGGUUUCUUUCAUGCUAGGCCCUGUGCCUCUUAGGAGCAGAGAAGAGGUCAGAUGCAGAUAACACAGGCAUGAUUCCUGCCUCCUGAAAUGCUCAGAUGAUAUGUACUUCUCCGUCUCCCUAAAGAUUUAAGGGAGUACCCAUUUAUCGUGGGAUGUAAUGAGUAGGAAAGAGCAUGGGGCUUUCUUUUUCUGCUGAAUAGCAGAUUGUAGGAUAGAAACAGUUCUGUUUAUAAUUCAGCUAUAUCUUUGUAGUUUGUAUUGCAGUUGAACUUAUUUUAAGCUUUACUGUUAAGCUAAAUUUCUGAAUUGUGUCAUUUGCAAAUUCUUUCUUUGAGGGUCAAGGGAGACUUUUGUAAAAUGUUCAGGUCUGAGAGAAUUUUGAGUUAAGAUGUGUGCAUGCAUGAGUAUAUGUGUAUAUGCAUAUGUGUGCACAGCUCAUGCAUAAAUGCCUGUGCGUGCUUGGAUAGGGACUAGAAAGGCUGAAAAAGAGAGAGAAAGUCAUUCUUAGAAGAAGAAAAGCACAUGCAAAGGAUGGAAGACGUGGUUUUUGAUAGAUGAAUGAAUCCUUCUGGAGGUUUUGUCAGAGCUGUGACCAGCUCUGUUGGCUGAGGAAAGGGAAAGUCCUUGAGCACCCAUCGUACCUCUUCAGACUCUCUUAAAAAGCAUUCAGAUGUUCUGCCAGAGGAAAUGAUGUGUUCCAAGUACAGCUGCAGUGGAGAAUUCUUUUUGUGCAGCUGAAGCAAUUCCUCCACAUAGAUCAUCCCAUUUUAACAGCAAACUGUCUGUUUAAAACAAAACAAAAAAGGCGGGUGGGAAGUGGAAGGAGGAGUUUAUGCCAGGAAAUGAAAAUAAGUUGCUGCGGAAGCCUGUCUUGGUUGUGGUUUCAUAGUUAAGAAUAAGUUAUUAAUAAUAAUAAUAAAGGCUUACUUGAUAGUUUUUCUAUGUGUGUUUUUAUGGAGUUUUAAUUUUCCAGAAAACAUUAAGGAUAAAUUAGAGAACACACUCCUGUUGGAGGAGAUAACUGUCCUGCAGCUCACAAACUAUAGCAUCUUUAGCCACUUACACCUUCCAAGUGCACCAGGUAGACUUCUGGUGUCCUCUCUGGUCCUCUUCUUCUCUUCCUUAUAGCAUGUCAGGCUUUGGACUUAAUCAGAGGAUAAUUAAGGCUCUAUCAUACCAGGUGGAGUUUCUAACGAAGUCUAAGAAGUGAUAUUUCUAUAAGGGUCUUUAGCUGACUGUAGCUACUAAGCAGAGGUUAGGAAGUUGUGAUGUCAUUUAAGGUGACAUUGUGGUUACAUUUUAUCAAGCUCAGUUGUGAGCCUGAAGCUCUGUUAACUGCUUUACAGCUAUGAGCCUAUUUAAUUCUCACAGGAAUACUCAUGUUAAGAUAGGUUUGAUUACCCUCAGUUUACAGAUGGGGAACUUCAGUUUGAGAGAUAAGUGAUUAUUUGCAAUUAUACCCAGCAUUUGCCAUGGCUGGGAUUGGAACCAAGGGCCUUCAGCCUCCAAAGCUUUUAGGUGUAACCCCUGCCUGAUGCAUUGUACUCUCCUAUAAAGCAGCCUUUUUUCUCUGCUGCCACUAGUUCAUUUCUUUUUCCUCUCUUAAUAUGCUUUAAACAAAAUAAAACCAAUAAUCUGCUCCUAAAUUGAGGUUGAUCUCCCUCCUUCUUAUCCAUUAAGUAAUGUCUUAUACUCAUGCAAUUAUUAGAUAUUUGGGAGAUAAAAUAAAUAGAACGUGUCCCUCUUCUCUUUAGCUCUAAGAAAAUUUUAAUGUUGUCAGUAGUUCCUACUGUUCCACAAUCCUACUGUAUUACCUGAAAUGCGUAAUACAGUUACUGUCUUCUCAGGAAGACUCUUCUAUGCAGUGGCAUGCUGGAGCCAGGAAGGCUUGUAGACCCAGCUCGGCCAUGGAUCAGCUGUGAGACCUUGGUGAAGUCACUUUACCCUCCAGGCUUUACUUCUUUUAUCACUGUGGUAUUUGAUCCAGGUCAAUUAGCAACCUGGGAGGUACAGCCUUUUUCAGGACAGGAAAUAGGGCACAAGUGCUACUUAUUUGCAUACACACUAUCCUUAGGCCUUUGUUGAAGGGAUGGCUAAUAUAAUAUAAAUUCAUUUAAAAGCGUUACUAAAUGCUUACAUUUUGUGUUUCUUUGAUCAAUGAAUGACUGCUAAAAUUUAGUAUGUUGUCAAUGGGGAAUUUAUUAUUUCUUUUUACAUUAAAGGGGUCCUCAUGCUAAAGAUUAAGCAAUACUGCUUUUUGUGAACUUUUAAAGUCCCUUCCCAGGUAGAAUAUUCACAAAGCCUAUGAAUGAGUUUAACUACUUGAUUACCCAGAUUCUAGCUUUUUGGAAUCUUUCAUUAUCUUACUUUUUCCCCUUCUCUGUGAGCUUUUGGACUUAGGACAAAGUAGGAACGAUCACAAGGAAAUGGAUUGACAUUUUAAAAAUCUCUACUCUUUCACAGUCUUUCCUGAAGACAUGAUUUUUUUUUUGCCAUCAUGUCUCUAAGUACAGUUGGUCAGUUGUCACUCUGUCACCUCACCCCCUAGCCCCAUAAUUCCUGUGAAACCCUGGACACCUAACUGUUUUUGCAGACCAUGAGCUCCUAUAGCCUCACUUCUUCCCUUGUCCAGCUUGUAGUACCUGGAUAAUCCCCUCACCCCUCACCACCUUCCUUGUUAGUACCCCCAGUUCCCUGAAGCUCUUGUGCUGCCCAUUUCCUCCCAGCAGCAUGCCACUUGUCUGCCCUCAUGAGCCUGUGUUCCCCUUAGAAGAAUCACAACUCUGUCUGGACUAUUAUUAUAGAUCAGUGGACUUCAACAUCUGUUAGUUUUUUCAGUGUCGCCCAUCAAUACAUUUACCGAGUUACUUUUUCUGUCCUUUAGGUGAUAGUUCCAAAUGCUCCCCACUGUCUCCAUGGCUACAAUGAUAGUGAACAUUAAUAGAAAACUUGGUUGUGUUGGAGAAAAUGUGUUAAGGACUUUACGUGCAUUGUCUCAUCUCCAUUCAUGCUAAGGAAUCUAACUUUUCCUUCCAACCAUCCAGCAAAUACUAGUGAGGCAUCAACUGUGUCUUCGCACAGUGCCCAAGGCACAGAUUCUAACUGUGAUUGAGGCAGAAUGGGCACUUGCUCUGAAGAGAUCUCCAGUUCAGAGGGAUAUGAACAGAAGUAAACAGGCAGCAAUGAAAUUGUCUGAUAAGUGCUAAUGAGGGGAGAAGUUCAGUAUGCUAUAGAUGCCCCCAACCCAGACUUAGGAAUGAGGAUAAGGAAAACUUGCAGGAAGUUACAGCUAAGUGUCAAUCUAAAGGACAAGAGACUAUGAGGGAGGAACAUAAGGGCUUCCUGGACAAAAAGAAUACCUGGUUGCUAGAAUGAUUUCAGGGAAUUCAGAGGCACCAGUAGGAAUAGAGCCAUUGCCCUCAGAUAAAUUAGAGGUCUUUUUUUUUUUUUUUUGGUGUGAAUUUCGUAGACUCUCUUUUCUACCUCCUCUGUGGUCUGUGUUCUCACUUGGUUACCAACUAGAAUCAGAAUCCACUGAGAUCCCUCUCUGUACGUAGAUCUCAUAAGACCCGCUUGCUGUCAAUUUCAAUGUGAAGUUUGACUACGCACUUGUCUAGCCGCUUUGCUGAAACAGUAUUUGACUGUUAAGGUGAGUGUAGAGGACAGUGCUUCUUCAAAAUUAUUACAGGGAAGAUGAUAAUAACUGACUGUCUUGAUGUAGGGAUAAGGUUUUUUCAGGAGGGUCUUUCAGUAGUAAUCGCUCCUAAAAUUUUGAAUGCUUAAAUGAAGCUGCUGUUUAGCUGAAUAAGUAAUAGCAGCUUCUUUUUCCAUGAAGACAUUUAGUAAAUGACAUUUUAGGUCUCAGCAAAUGUUAUGCCUUCAGACACCUUGGCUGAGGAAAGCCUGAUGUGCCUCCAGUGAAGGAUUUGUAGGUCCACAUCUUUGAUGCUUCUGCAACACAGAAUUAGGAAAAUAAAACAGUGGGUCGUACAUGCUCCUGAUUCAUUGCUAACAGGAAAGGGACAUGAGCCCCCAUGUACAUUUUUACCCUUCUGAUAAUGAUAAAGGCCACUUACUAAAUAUAAUACUAUAGUCAGCAGUAGAAAUAAGAGGGGACACAAAGCAACUGAGUUGUAAAAUUUUUCAGACCGCUUUGGAAGAUGGAAGCUGACAACAUCAUACAUCCAAAUUCCUCUGCAUUGUUGUCUCUCUCUGUAGAGGUGAGGAAUCGUUUACAGCAUUCUGUGGAAUCCACUUUUGAAUCCAGAUGGGUCUUAAUUAUUUUGUAUUUGGGAAAUACUUUUUAUUUGACAGUCGAGAUGUGCCAUCAUAUUAUUUAAAAUUUUGGGAAUCACUGUUUCCCAUGUGUCUGAACGUCUCGAGCACAUUUACCUUAUCAUGGCAAUGCCUGGGUGUCUGACAUCCAUGUAUGCUCAAACUAUGCUCCUUGAUUUCAUCCCCUCCUCUCUGUUUCUUUCAUCUCAUAAACUGAGUGCUGAUGCCAUUUCACACUUUUUCUUGGAAGUUUAAUGAGUUAGUAGUAGUAUAACAAAAAUAAAAAUAUUUUCUUUACUUUUCUGAAAAGAAAUAUGUCUAUAAAGCGUCAAUCAUUUUUCCAAGCUGUUAGUUCCUGCUGCUGAAUACUAGGAGCUGUUCUGUCAACAAGAACAAGUAAGGGGGAAUAGUAAGAGAAAGCUGUUCCAGUUUCUCUAUCUCUGCUACCAGAGGUUGGAAGAUGUUGUUUCAGCUGGAUAACUUAAGAUGGAGUCUUAUUCACUAUUUGCUAAAGAGACUGGACUGUUUUUAGUGUGAUAAUCUUCUGUAGGCAUGGAGAAAGAUCAUUUCCUGAUCUCGUUUUGGAGAUCAUGGGGUUAAAUCUGUGGCAAUGUCCUUUUCCUAGACUCAGGCUCUUGUCAAAAUGAUGUUUGGCCAGGUGUUAAUCUGUGUCCUGAGGGAAGUGCUGGAAUUCAUUAUUCAUCCCAUGGGAGUAGGGGUGGGAGGAGAAGGUUGUCCUUCUGGGAGGUACCAGGGCCAUAGCCUGCCCCCUGUCUUUACUGACAUGUGUCAUUUGUGAUGAGGGCAGUUGAAGUCCAUAUGAGGAAUUCUCUUGUCAGCUGGCCAACAGAGAAACACAGAGGGAGGGAGAGGGAGGGAGAGGCAGGCAGCUUGGCAAAGCAGUCCUGGAGUGCAGUUUCCGGAGCAAGAUCACACACAGUGUUUUAGGAGCUCAGGGAAGGUUCUCAGGAACAUAAAGGGGAAGAAGGCCAGGUUUGAAAGAGUGGAUUUUCCUAUUUUUUCACCUUUUUUCCCUGCUGUCUUUGAAUACUUGUCAUCCUUCAGAAAACUCAGCAUCAGAAAGAAGCUUUUGCUGACACACUGCUUUUUCUCUAGCACUAUAUUGUGGGUUUUUUGUUUUUCUCUUUUCAUUUUUCUUUUUCUCUGAGGGUGGGAGGUGAGACAAUGAUCAAGUCAAGCUGGUUCUAUGUUAAGUUCAAGUAUGCAGAGCAGCUCAAGCCAGGACAGAACAGCUGCAGGGACAGUGACAGUGAAAGUGCCAGUGGAGAAUCCAAGGGCUUCCACAGGAGCAGCUCUCGGGAAAGGCUCAGCGAUAGUUCAGCUCCUUCCAGCUUGGGAACAGGCUACUUCUGUGACAGUGACAGUGACCAGGAAGAGAAGGCAUCAGAUGCCAGCUCUGAAAAACUCUUCAACGCUGUUAUUGUAAACAAAGAUCUGGAGUUAGGUGUUGGCACGCUACCAGAACAUGACAGCCAGGAUGCAGGGCCGAUUGUCCCCAAGAUAUCGGGUUUAGAGAGAAGCCAGGAGAAGAGCCAGGACUGUUGCAAAGAGCCCAUCUUUGAGCCUGUGGUGCUUAAAGACCCCUGCCCUCAGGUCGCACAGCCGAUAACCCAGCCCCAGACGGAGCCUCAACUCCGAGCUCCUUCUCUGGACCCUGACUUGGUGCAGCGCGCAGAGGCCCCGCCUCAGCCCCCACCUCCGAGUACUCAGCCACCGCAGGCCCCGGAGGCCCAGCUCCAGCCCGCCCCGCAGCCUCAGGUGCAGAGGCUAUCCAGGCCACAUUCCCCCACCCAGCUGCUCCAUCAGAAUCUCCCACCUGUGCAGGCCCACCCCUCCGCUCAGAGCCUCUCCCAGCCGCUGUCAGCCUACAACAGCAGUAGCUUAAGCCUCAACAGUUUAAGCAGUAGCAGAAGCAGCACUCCAGCGAAGACUCAGCCUGCCCCUCCUCACAUCUCCCACCACCCCUCUGCCUCCCCGUUCCCCCUCUCCCUACCCAAUCACAGCCCCCUGCACAGCUUCACGCCCACCCUCCAGCCCCCCACACACUCACAUCACCCCAAUAUGUUUGCCCCUCCCACUGCUCUGCCUCCUCCACCACCACUGACAUCAGGAAGUCUGCAGGUGCCGGGACACCCGGCUGGGAGCACUUACUCAGAGCAAGACAUCUUGCGACAGGAGCUGAACACUCGUUUUCUGGCCUCUCAGAGUGCUGACCGCGGGGCUUCCCUGGGCCCUCCGCCCUACCUGCGGACCGAGUUCCAUCAGCACCAGCACCAGCACCAGCACACGCACCAGCACACGCACCAGCACACCUUCACACCGUUCCCCCACGCCAUCCCGCCCACCGCCAUCAUGCCGACGCCAGCACCUCCCAUGGUGCGUACCCCAGGCAGAAAUUUUGACAAAUACCCUACAAAAGUUGACCCCUUCUACCGGCACAGUCUCUUCCAUUCCUACCCUCCUGCAGUGUCGGGCAUCCCCCCUAUGAUCCCACCCACUGGCCCUUUUGGUUCACUACAAGGAGCAUUUCAGCCGAAGACAUCCAACCCUAUCGAUGUCGCUGCUCGGCCUGGGACAGUCCCACACACUUUACUCCAAAAGGACCCGAGGUUGACAGAUCCUUUCAGACCUAUGUUAAGGAAACCAGGGAAGUGGUGUGCUAUGCAUGUUCACAUCGCCUGGCAGAUUUACCACCACCAACAGAAAGUCAAGAAACAGAUGCAGUCAGACCCGCAUAAGCUGGACUUUGGACUGAAACCCGAGUUCCUGAGCCGCCCUCCAGGCCCCAGUCUCUUUGGAGCCAUCCACCACCCCCAUGACCUGGCACGGCCUUCAACUUUGUUCUCUGCCGCUGGUGCUGCACACCCAACGGGGACCCCUUUUGGGCCACCUCCUCAUCACAGCAACUUCCUCAACCCUGCCGCCCACCUAGAGCCUUUUAAUCGGCCGUCUACAUUCACAGGGCUAGCAGCAGUUGGCGGCAAUGCCUUUGGCGGACUUGGAAAUCCUUCCGUUACACCCAACUCAAUGUUCGGCCACAAGGAUGGCCCCAGUGUGCAGAACUUUAGCAAUCCUCACGAACCCUGGAACCGGCUGCACCGAACGCCUCCGUCGUUCCCGACCCCUCCGCCCUGGCUGAAGCCAGGGGAGCUGGAGCGCAGCGCGUCCGCUGCAGCUCAUGACAGAGAUAGAGAUGUAGAUAAACGAGACUCAUCCGUUAGUAAAGAUGACAAAGAAAGGGAAAGCGUCGAGAAGAGACACUCCAGCCACCCUUCACCAGCCCCUGUCCUCCCGGUGAACGCCCUGGGACAUAACCGCAGCUCCACUGAACAGAUCCGGGCCCAUUUGAACACUGAGGCUCGGGAGAAGGACAAACCCAAAGAGAGGGAGAGAGACCACUCGGAAGCCCGCAAGGACCUGGCCGCUGACGAGCACAAGGCGAAGGAGGGCCACCUGCCCGAGAAGGACGGGCACGGCCACGAGGGGCGCGCCGCAGGCGAAGAGGCCAAGCAGCUGGCCCGGGUGCCAUCCCCCUAUGUGCGGACCCCCGUGGUGGAGAGCGCCAGGCCCAACAGCACCUCGAGCCGGGAGGCCGAGCCGCGCAAGAGUGAGGCGGCCUACGAGAACCCCAAGAAGAGCUCCGAGGUCAAGGUGAAGGAGGAGCGGAAGGAAGACCACGACCUGCCUCCGGAGGCCCCACAGACCCACCGGGCCUCAGAGCCGCCACCUCCCAACUCCUCGUCCAGCGUGCACCCGGGGCCCCUGGCCUCGAUGCCCAUGACGGUGGGGGUGACGGGCAUUCACCCCAUGAACAGCAUCAGCAGCCUGGACAGGACUCGCAUGAUGACCCCCUUCAUGGGCAUCAGCCCUCUCCCGGGCGGAGAGCGCUUCCCGUACCCUUCUUUCCACUGGGACCCCAUCCGGGACCCCUUGAGGGAUCCUUACCGAGAACUUGACAUUCACCGGAGAGACCCGCUGGGCAGGGACUUUCUGCUGAGGAGCGACCCGCUGCACCGGCUCUCAACUCCCCGGCUGUACGAAGCCGACCGCUCCUUCAGGGACCGGGAGCCUCACGACUACAGCCACCAUCACCACCACCACCACCACCCGCUGUCGGUGGACCCCCGGCGGGAGCACGAGCGGGGAGGCCACCUGGACGAGCGGGAGCGCUUGCACAUGCUCAGAGAGGACUACGAGCACACGCGGCUCCACUCCGUGCACCCCGCCUCCCUGGACGGACACCUGCCCCACCCCAGCCUCAUCACCCCAGGACUCCCCAGCAUGCACUAUCCCCGCAUCAGCCCCACCGCGGGCCACCAGAACGGACUCCUCAACAAGACACCUCCGACAGCAGCGCUGAGCGCGCCGCCCCCACUCAUCUCCACGCUGGGGGGCCGCCCAGUCUCUCCCAGGAGGACUACUCCUCUGUCUGCAGAGAUCAGGGAGAGGCCCCCUUCCCACACGCUGAAGGAUAUCGAGGCCCGAUAAGCCGAGAACAGGAGCACAAACAAGAAGAAACCCUAGGCAGACACCAGGCCAGACUUUAGAGAGAGAACUCCUGCAUUGCUCACAGACUUGGGGGAAGCGCCACCUCUUCCCCUUGUAAAAAUGUAUAGACUCGGUGCAGAUUUUGAAAUGUUUUGUAUAUUAUAUGUUGAGAUUUUUCAGCUUUUAGCCCAGUCAUAUGUUCUCAUGUCUCCUACUUUUUGUUUCUCGUAUAAAACUUUUUGAUUUGAACCAAAACCGUGAAGAUGACAACACACACCCAUUGGAUCAUCAUUGUAGGGGGGGGCGGGGGGGGGAUGGCGUCCACACCAUCCAUCAUGCAAAACUCAGAUGAGGUGGGAAGGCCGUGUACAUAGUUAAUGUAAAAAGAGAUUGCUUCAUGAGCUAAUGGUUCAUAUAUGCAAAUGGGUAAGAUGAAAGCUUUACUUUGUACAAAUGUAAAUAGGUAAAGAUUAAGUAACAUAAUACAUUAAUACUUCUUAAAAUGUGCUAUUUGCAAACUUAAUAUCAGUGAACACAGUCGGCUGAGGCCGUGUUCCCAUAUAUUGUUAUAGACAGCUAAACCCUUCAACUAUGCAAUGAAUGUUCGGGCUUGUCACAAAAGCCCGCCUAACUCAAAGGAGCCUUUUCAGACCCAUUUACAACAUACUUAAGGUCAUAUUUUCCCUGAACAAGCGCUUACAUGAUAUGACUCUGUUUUCCUUGCUUGUUUUUUUUUUCAAAAGGAGAAACAUCCUAUUUUGCAAAUUGGACCCCAGGCUGGAACUUUGCAUCUGAAGUUGCUGCUUGUGGGCUUUGGGGGAAAGUGCAGCCCCGGAGAGGUAACUGAGGACGUGAGCAACCGGUGCCAGGGAGGAUGGGAUUUGCCAGACGCCAAAAUCAGGGGACGGGUGGUGGUGUCGGACAGACACACACAGGUCGCCAGUGACUUCACACACACCUCAUGUGAGAACCAUGCCUUUUUUAGUGUGUCCUCUUUCAUACCUGUACACACUUCCUCGUUUUGUAAUGAGAUUUACUUACACCCAAACAGAUCCUGAAAGAAAGCUUCCAAGUUUUCUCAGAUGAUGGAUAUGUUUUCACUGUUUUCAAUAACCAACCAGUGGAAGGUGCACAUUUCCCAAUGUGACGCGCUGUGUUCCAGUUGGUGAUCCAGUCUGGGGGCAGCUGUUACAGGCCAACCUUGCUGAGCCAUCGCGAGUUACAGAGCGUGAAAGAUGGCGGAAAAAAAGUCUCGUGUGCGAGUGUGUUUUUUGAGUUUGCAUCAAUCUUAAUGUCUCUUCAUAAUACUUUUAUAAUACAUUAAGCCUCUUGUCUACAUAUUUGGAGAGAAUAUGACUUUACUAGCAGAGAAAUACAAUAUAUCUUGUCUACUGGACUGUAAAUAUAUGUAUGAAAUAAAAUUAGUUCCAUUUGGUCUUCUAGUAUAUUAAAGUGCUAUCUGACGUUUUUAUUUUGUUUUUUUUUAAAAAAAAAAAAAAAAAAAAAAAAAAGUUAACUACAGACCAUUGUUUCUAAUAAGCAGAGAGAUCUAUUUUAGUAGUAAACUGAAGGUUUAGUUGUGAGCUUCAGAUUUUGUGAACUCCAGAUGUUGUGCAGUGUUUUUUUUUUUUUUUUUUUUUUUUUUAAAAACAACAACUAAAAAAAAUUCCAAGGAAUAUGUACACUGGAACUGUAGUGGUAGCUUUCAGUAUUGUAAAGAGAUUGUUCUAUACGGACCUUUUUGCUGUUUAUCCUGUAUGUAAUAAAGUCCUUUCUAGAUCCUAUGUGAAAAGAAAAGUGAAGCAACUGAAUCUUCAGCAUGUUCUCAUCGGCGGAGCCUUCUUGUGUAAUGUAAACUGUGCCAUGUUAUUAAAAAAUGUGAACUAAG